CCAUCAGUUGUAGGGGACACAGAGAGAGUCCAGUCCAGCCCAGCGCAGGCCCUGCCCGACUGUCACCAUGCCUUUCGGAAACACCCACAACAAGUACAAGCUCAACUUCAAGCCGGAGGAGGAGUACCCUGACCUGAGCAAACACAACAACCACAUGGCCAAGGUGCUCACCGCAGACCUGUACAAGAAGCUCCGUGACAAGGAGACACCCUCUGGCUUCACUCUGGAUGAUGUCAUCCAGACCGGGGUGGACAACCCAGGCCAUCCCUUCAUCAUGACUGUGGGCUGUGUGGCUGGUGACGAGGAGUCUUAUGUCGUCUUCAAGGACCUGUUUGACCCCAUCAUUCAGGAUCGGCACGGGGGCUACAAGCCCACAGACAAGCAUAAGACCGACCUCAACCAUGAGAACCUCAAGGGUGGUGACGACCUGGACCCCAACUACGUGCUGAGCAGCCGCGUCCGGACAGGCCGAAGCAUCAAAGGUUACACCCUGCCCCCCCACUGCUCCCGGGGAGAGCGACGUGCUGUGGAAUCCCUGAGUGUCCAAGCCCUCAACAGUCUGACUGGGGAGUUCAAGGGCAAAUACUACCCUCUGAAGAGCAUGACGGAGAAGGAGCAGCAGCAGCUGAUUGAUGAUCACUUCCUCUUUGACAAGCCCGUCUCCCCCCUGCUGCUGGCCUCUGGCAUGGCCCGGGACUGGCCCGAUGCCCGCGGCAUCUGGCACAAUGACAACAAGAGCUUCUUGGUGUGGGUGAAUGAGGAGGACCAUCUGAGGGUCAUCUCCAUGGAGAAGGGGGGCAAUAUGAAGGAGGUCUUCCGUCGCUUCUGCGUGGGGCUGCAGAAGAUUGAAGAGAUCUUCAAGAAGGCUGGCCACCCUUUCAUGUGGAAUGAACAUCUUGGUUACGUCCUCACCUGCCCUUCCAACCUCGGUACUGGCCUGCGUGGGGGUGUGCACGUCAAACUGGCAAACCUCAGCAAGCACCCCAAGUUUGAAGAGAUCCUCACCCGCCUGCGUCUGCAGAAGCGGGGCACAGGUGGUGUGGAUACAGCAGCUGUGGGAUCUGUAUUUGAUGUGUCCAAUGCAGACCGACUGGGCUCCUCAGAGGUGGAGCAGGUGCAAUUGGUAGUGGAUGGUGUGAAGCUCAUGGUGGAGAUGGAGAAGAAACUGGAGAAGGGCCAGUCCAUUGAUGAUAUGAUCCCUGCUCAGAAAUAAGGGCCUCCACCUUACUGGCCCCCUACAUGUACACACCACCUGGAGCCCCACCCUUCCCUUUCUUAUCCCCAGAACUCCAACUACCAUGUAGAAUUCCAGUCAAUGGGAGUUUGGUAAUGAACUCCACCCACCAGGUGUCCUGCUUGGAGUUCUAGCCAAAGAAGACCACCACCUGUAUUUGGAGACCUAACCACUUCCUGGAGCUCUGCAGCAUGGGGCCUCUUGCUCCCUUUGGGAGUUCUCCCCUCUCCC